UAUUUUAUAAUUAUUAAAAAAUCAGAUAUACAAUGUUAUAACUCAAUUACUUUUUCUAUAUUCACAGCACAAUUCUUAAACCCCAAAAUUAAAUUAUUUUUAGAAAAUAACAGCGCCCUGCAAACAGAGAUAUUUUGUAUUUAUCGCAUCUUACAUGCAAAUAUACCGCAACGUCCUCUGUCGGUAGAUCGUGUAAGCACUUCGGAGUCCAGCGACUCCAAGUCGGUGUCCACCACGAGCUUUUAGGUUAUAUUAACCUCUGCAGUGAAAUAUUGAAAUAACAAUAUCUCGAAACGAAUAUUUCUAAGAACAAACGCUCGCUCUAAUGUCAGCUUAAGAAUGUGUAUUAAAAAUAAACAUUGAGGCAAUAAAUUUGAUAAAAGUUUAGUGUUUUGAUGCAAUGAUAUUACAUUCUGCCGAAGUCUGAGAAUCUCGUACACCCUUCUUCCAGUAUUAUUGUCGCAGGAUUUGUAAAGGGCUGACGGUUUGAAGAGAAAUUUGUUUCAAGGGACGAUUAGUCAUGUCAGGACUGUUCGAGCAAAUCAAGCUGCUCUACGAUCAGGCGUUGUACUGCAAUGUCAUCUCCCUGACGAAUCUGGUGCUCUCUCUCAGCGAGCACAAUACCGACCUGCUGCCCGGCUACAGCAAGUUCCACGUGUACGUGUAUUACGCGGACGCUCACUUUCAUCUGGGCAAGUAUCGCAGGGCGGAAACUCUGUACAAGAAGGCUCUGCAGUUUCGCAAGUGUCUACUGAAGUCUAAAGGCACGGGAAAACCCAUGCUGGAUGGACAGAAGGAUCUGCCGUCGGAUGUCAACAUCAAGUAUCAGAUCCACUUGUGCCUGGUCAAGUCCAAGAACCUGCAGGAAGCGCUGCAAGUGCUGCAGAGCAUCCCUGGGAAGCAGCGCACCGCCAAGGUGAACAUGGCGCUGGCCAAAAUGUUUCACGAGCAGGGAAUGGAACGGUCUGCUAUUACUACAUACAAGGAAGUUUUGAAGGAGUGUCCACUGGCACUAGAAGCAGCUGAAGGCCUCCUGUCUUUGGGAGUGAAGGGUGUAGAAGUCAACUCCCUAAUUGUUAGUUCUGUCUCUAGUUCGAUGAACUUGGAGUGGCUUAACACAUGGAUCAAGGCUCAUGCUCACAUUCACAAUAGGGAAUACACUCAUGCUGUGACCACGCUCAGGUCAUUGGACAAUGUUGUUCUGCUCAGGGAUAAUUUUAAUCUAUUGACUAUCAUGGGUGAGUGUUAUUACUACGCUGGCGACGAUAAGAAUGCUCUGCUGUGCCUGAGGAGAGCUCGCGUUAUUGAACCAGAUAUAACAAAAGGAGUGGACAUGUAUGCCGCAGUUUUGUACAAAAUGCACCACAUUAAAGAACUGGAGCGGCUGAUACCGGCGAUAACUGCCAACAACGAAUGUACCGGCGAGAUUUACGUAGCCAUGGCAUACUCUUUGUAUGCAGCUAGAAAAUUCAGCAGGGCAAAUACUCUCACCGCUCAGGCACUAAACCUGAAUCCUAACGAUAUAGAGGCUACGAUAUUACGGGGCAAUAUUCUUAUUGAGCAGAAGAAAUAUCAGGACGCUUUGUUUUUCUUCAGACACGCCGUACAAUUGAAAUCAUAUAGGUACGAACCGCACAAAGGCCUGGUAGAUUGUCUUGUCGGGAUGCACAGGUUGCGAGAGGCUCUGAAUAUCGCCAGUAGCUCUUGCAAGCAACUUGGCCAUACCGCUAGGGUUUUAACGUUAUAUGCAUCCGUUUUGAUGAAAGAUCCUGUAUCAGUGAGCAAGGCCAAGAAUCUUCUUGAAAAAGCAUUGUCUCAAGAUGAGGUCUACUUACCCGCGGUAUACUUGCUCGCGGAAAUAUACGAACAGGAAAUGAAUUUGGAAGCAGCCAUUGAAUUACUUGAGAGACAGGUGGAAAUUCACUCUACCUGUAAGCUCCAUCAGACUUUAGGAGAUCUAUGGGCAAGAAUGCACAAUGAGGAGAAGGCUCUCGAUCAUUAUGCCAUAGCUUUAAACUUAGACCCGAACAACAGGAGGGCUAUAGAGGGAAUGCACCGGUUAGACAAUUCCUCUAGCAAACUGGAUUCCGCUUAUUACAUGACCGUCGGUGAGGAACAGGCCGAUACGACUUACGAUGUUGGUGAUGGUCUACCGGACACAGAUAACGACGAGGCGCCUGAGGAGAGUGAGACUGAAGCCAUUUGGUCGGAUAUGGAUUUAGAAGCCAAUAGCCAGUAGUCAUUUUUAUUGCAGGAACGAAUAGACAAUGAAGAUCGGUCGAGGUUUCGGCUUCGGACCAAUUCCACAUUACAACGGAUUAUUUUAAAAUGAAUCUUGGGAGAAUAAUUUGUUAUGAAUGAAAUGAGACUGAGAUUGUUCGUGAUUAAUAUUAUUUGAGAGUAAUACAUCGUAGACAAUUUACUUGUUUUUAUAAUGAAUUCAAUGAUUGUUGUACCAUCAUGGAGUUCUGUUGCCUACUUUAAAAAAUAUAAGGUAAAUGCGUUAAAUUUUUAUUAUAUAUAAUUUCUAUUAUGAAAAUAUUUUUUUAUAAAAAGGUGAACUAUAUAGUGUUGUUAAAUUCAAGUACAGGAAGAUCAAGACAAACCAACAUAUAUAUAUCUGUCGUUUAGUAUAUUAAUACAAUUUAGAUUUCGUUAAAACACAAAGCGCAAAGUAUUCAAUAAUAAAAUAUAUACAUAUA